AUGCAUGUUCCAGGUAAAUAUUGUUCAUUAUUGACUGAAGUCUGUUUAUUAGGAAUACAGAAAAAUAUACCAUGUCUGAGGGCAUACCUGACACAGGCGGGAAGGACUUAUGUUUUGACUCUGUACAGUGGUUUCACACGCUGAUCUAAAGUCUAUGUGGAAACACAUCAUUAACAAACAAUGCUCCAAUGUUAAAGUCUCUAACCCUGUCAAUCAAACUGUGGGUUGCGACCCGUAGUGCGAUCCCCAGGAAGUUGCAGGCAGUCUGAAUUUAUACAGAUGCCAUUACUCAAUACUUAGGCCAUGAAACAAGCGGGAUGUCUGUGAGAAUAGUGCAGUUGUGAGUGACACACUUGAAUUUACUUUCAUUUUGACUCUGUGGCUGAAUGUAGUGGCGGUCGGUGCCGUUUAAGAUUAUGGUGGAUGAGUUUUACUUUUAUGAGCCUUAUUUCUAUGACAGCAUAUUGGAUGAGUGUCAUUCAUAUUGCAUUCACCCAGCUCAAUGUAACAUCAAUAGGUUUAGGCUACUACAUGAUACUGAAAUUUGCCCUAUAACCAUUAUUGCUAAAACCUAGCCUACAAAUAAACGUUUAUAACGUAGGGGCACAGGUUGAGAGACAAAUUGGAGUAAUCAAGGUGACAGACAGUGACACAAUCAAUACUGCCUUGCACACUAUUGCCUCCAUUUACCUGAUCUUGGGUAUAAUCAUUAAUGCAAACAGUUGCAAAACAUUCAGUUUAAAUGUGGAACAUGAAUUGUAUAAUUCAAAUUACAUUUAAAUGUGGAACAUGAAUUGUAUCAUUCAAGUUAUGAGUGUGUCCUGAAGUUGAUGGGUUUAUCGAUCCCCUCGCCACUCUUGAAGUCAACUUCUUAGUUUCAGGUAUCGUAGUAAGAUUGUGUAUUGUCUUUAACCAUUUGACAUGUCUGAACAUACAGGUGUGAUCAUUCUACAGUGGUCCCUGCAGCUUACACUCAAACCGGUGUGAUUAGAACACUUAUUUAGAACAUCCAGUGACGAUUGACGCAACAGUCAGCGUUUGAGCUGGCCACACUGUUUUUUCACAGAAACAUUUUGCACCAACAGUCUUUACAACGUUAUGUCCUCAAUGUUUAUUUUUGGAUGCAAUGUUCAGACAUUCACAGAAGUAGCUACAGCAUAACACAAUCAUCCAAACCGGAAAAUGUAGGCUACAUUAGUCCUAGUGCUAACUGAGGAAAGAGUGACCUAACACAAGCGGUCAUAUUUAGCUAACUCUUGGCUGACAGAAACCAUAAUAUGAAUUAUCUAAUAGCAAUUACUAUUUACAAUUCAUCACAUCACGGGUGAGCUCACCAGUGAUCGACAUAAUUGAGUAAAACACUUUAUAUAAUUACAAAAGCAUGUGGUCACCCCUUCAAAUUAAUAGAUUUGGCUAUUUCAGCCACACCCUUUGCUGACAGGUGUAUAAAAUUGAGCACACCGCCAUGCAAUCUCCAUAGACAAACAUUGGCAGUAGAAUGGCCAUACUGAAGAGCUCAGUGACUUUCAACGUCGCACAGUCAUGAGAUACCACCAUUCCAACAAGUCAUUUAAUCAAAUUUCUGCCCUGCUAGAGCUUCCCCAGUCAACUGUAAGUGCUGCUAUUGUGAAGUGGAAAUGUCUAGGAGCAACAACGGCUCAGCCGCGAAGCGGUAGGCCACACAACCUCACAGAACUACAGAGUUCCAAACCAACUUCAUGAAUUGUGUUUCCAUGGCCGAGCAGCCGCACACAAGCCUAAGAUCACCAUGCGCAAUGCCAAGCGUCGGCUGGAGUGGUGUAAAGCUUGCAGCCAUUGGACUCUGGAGCAGUGGAAACGCGUUCUCUGGAGUGAUGAAUCACGCUUCACCAUCUGUCAGUCCGAUGGACUAAUCUGGGUUUGGCGGAUGCCAGGAGAACACUACCUGCCCCAAUGCAUAGUGCCAACUGUAAAGUUUGGUGGAGGUGGAAUAAUGGUCUGGGGCUGUUUUCAUGGUUUGGGCUAGGCCCCUUUGUGCCAGUGAUGGGAAAUCUUAACGCUACAGCAUACAAUGACAUUCUAGACGAUUCUGUGCUUCCAACUUUGUGGCAACAGUUUGGGGAAGGUGUUUCCUGUUUCAGCAUGACAAUGCCCCAUGCACAAAGCGAGGUCCAGACAGAAAUGGUUUGUCGAGAUCAGUGUGGAAGAACUUGAAUGGCCUGCACAGAGCCCUAACCUCAACCUCAAUACCUUUGGGAUUAAUUGGAACGCCGACUGCGAGCCAGGCCUAAUCGCCAAACAUCAGUGCCCGACCUCACUAAUGCUCUUGUGGCUGAAUGGAAGCAAGUCCCCGCAGCAAUGUUCCAACAUCAAGUGGAAAGCCUUCCCAGAAGAGUGGAGGCUGUUAUAGCAGCAAAGGGGGGUCCAACUACAUAUUAAUGCCCAUGAUUUUGGAAUGAGUACCGGGGCUGAGGUGAACAGACUAUGCAGAUUAUGCUUGUAGGCAAAGACAUUAGUACCAUGAUCAACAUAGUUUUACACAUUAACUUUUAUGUUUGAUGAUUAAAUACAAUCACACAACCCUGAAAUUCUUAGACCUCUGACUCCAACAACUGCAUCCACUGUUGAUUGGAAUAGUGUGAUUUCUGAGAUAAAGUUUCAAUAUAUUAUCAAAAUGACCUGACAUAAUAACAGAGAUCAUGUCUGAAAUGUGAUUUAUCUCGCAGAUUAGACUCUCUCUCUCUCUCCCUCUCUCUCUCCUCUCUCUCUCUCCUCUCUCUCUCUCUCUCUCUCUCUCUCUCCUCUCUCUCUCUCUCUCUCUCUCUCUCCUCUCUCUCUCCUCUCUCUCUCUCUCUCUCUCUCUCUCUCUCUCCCUCUCUCCUCUCUCUCUCCUCUCUCUCUCUCUCUCUCUGUUUUCCUCUCGGACAGGUUUUGGGAUGACGGCCCCAUCCACAACAGAGGACAAAGUCCUCCUGGUAAUCUACAGCCUGCUGGGCUGCUCUGCCACCACCCUCUUCUUUAACCGCUUCCUGGAGAGGGUCAUCACCAUGUUGGGCUUCCUUAUGCGAUGGUGUCACCGGAGGAGAACACACAACAUCACACAGGGGGCAACAGCAACCAACACAAUGGUGUAG